AUGCCAGCAGCCGCUGAUCUGUUGCAUCUUAAAGGUGUCACGCCUUUGCGGAUCGUUUUGCCAUGCUGGGUAGCCUUCGUCACCAUGCUUUUUCCAGGACUAUCGAAAGCCACUUGGACCUCGUCCCCUCUGAAGGGCAUCUUCCAACAAAAAGUCGCACUCGCCCCCAUGGCCCCGGACGACAUUGGCCGCAACACAUUGGCGGCGGCCAUGGCUGGCUGGGUGCAGCCUGCCAUCUUCAAUCCCGCCGACUGCCUCCGAAUACGCUGGCAAGUCUCAGUCGGAGAGACCACUUUCGCCAAGUUCUCUGCCGAGCUGCUUCGAAAAGAGGGCCUCUGGCAGGGCUUGUGGAGACCGGGGCUUCCUUUCAACAUGUGCGCCGUGGCUGUGUCCCAAGGGCUCAGAAUGGGCCUAUACCCCACCGCGCGAGAUGCCCUGCAGACUUUGCUGCCGAGCGAUGGGCAGAAGUCCAGUGCAGCCAUGAUCGGUGCCGGCUUGAUGUCAGGGUCGUUUGCCUACUUCACCGGAGCCCCUCUCUGGCUUGUGAAGACACGAAUGCAGGCCGCAGCGCAAUUUGCUGCCGAUGGCGCUUCUACAGCCGUGCACAUCUACCCCGUGCACCUGAGCGACUACUGGCGGGGCUGUUCCCCUCUCAUUUUUCGUGGCGCGUUGCUGACGGCCGGGCAGAUGUUCGGCUACGAUGGCACGAAAUCUGCCGGGCGGCGGCUGGGCUACAAAGAUGGUCCUCUCCUGCAUGUCGCUGCUGCAACAUCGGCAGGCUUUUGCGCUGCCAGUUUUUCUGCGCCAGCUGACGCGCUGAUGACGGAGUACCAGAGCAGCUCGGAUGGUGGGCUGUUACGCUCUGCCGGCAACAUGCUCCGCAAACGAGGUCCGGCCGCCUUCGUCCGCGGAUGGACGGCCAAUUUUUGUCGGCUGGCGCCAACUUUCACCGUCGGAAGCAUCAUUUACGAGCAGAUGCGCCUGCUUUUGGGCCUGGGGUACAUGACCUGA